AUGAGCAGCGGCCGUCGUGACGCCCCGCCAGCCGUCAACAAGUGGGCGUCUCGUGUACUAACUAGCCCACUUCAUGCUGUCUCGAUUUCCGUCCCACAGGGCGCAACAAGCCGUGACAUCGCCGCGUUACCCGUGAUACAAGAGCCAAAUGAAAAGGAGAAUUGUCGACCGUUGACUGGUGGUACGUGGAACGACGUCCAGCACGUCACACGAGGUGGUUUGAGCCAGCACUCAUGCACAGCAGAUGAUACGCUGUCUCUCCUGCUUAACAAUGAGCCCUCUGCGCCAUCUGGAGUGCUGGGAAAACGUCGAAAGUUGACUGAAACGUCGACAGCUUUAUUACAAGCGGUGUACGUGUUGGACGAGGACGAGGAGGAGGAUGCUACAUCCGAAAAAAGGAGACGAGAUGCAGUAGCAACGGCAAACGCGGUGAUGCACUUUGACGCGCGAGCGUCGGAGCUCCAUGGCCACUUUUUGGGUCGACAAGAUGCAGAGAAGGAACUAGAGAAAGAUGAUGACGAUGAAGUGGAGACGUUGACGAGAGCUGGCGGUUCGACGCUGUUUGUAAAUGACUGUGAUCACAUGGCACAUCUACACUUUGGUACAGUGGCUUAUGGUGAGCGGAAGAGCAGACACUUGACGCUGGAAAAUGCCAGCGAAGUGGGCAACGCACGCGUCAAGUACGACGGGUAUACGAUGAUCGAGGGGAAAGUGACGACGUCUGCUGCUGACGCAGCUCGGAAAAAGAAGAGGAGAUUCAAGUGUGAUCUGGAUGUUUGCGUGGUCGACGCGCUCAAGUCGGUAAUGCUGCGCGUGACGUUUGAACCGCGGUCGGUGGAUGUGGGGCACCACAUCACGGCUAUGCUCAAGUUCACUGUCAACGAUCAACUUGGACUGCAAUGCAGAGCGACAGGUGCAGUGACGCCGCGUGUCCCGAAGCUGUUGAGGCUUGAAGGUAUGCGUUCUUCGUUGAAGCCAGCUGGUACUGUCGUCGAAGCAGUCAAUAAUAACAGACAGGUAAGCAGCAGGACGUUGUCAGAACGCGUACGUAAAGUGUAUACGGUUUCGAGUGCCUUGACACUUAGCGACCUUGAACCGGAACGAGCGCCUGUGGUCAAGACAAAGCAGAACGUGGGAAACAAACGGCAUUCGUCGGUGGUAAUCGACUUCUCGCAUCUUCAAGAUCGACCCAAGCGACGGAAAAGCAAGCUACGAAAGAGUGCGCAAAAGAUAUUUUCGCCCUCGAAAAUUAGUGGCGUUGCUCAGGAUCCGAUCUUGGUGAAGAAGCCUUUUUCUGGCUCGUGGUGGAAACAGCGCCAGGAAGCCUAUGACGAGAAUUGGAUGGCGAAACAGAUUGAUGGUUUCACGAAAUGGUUGAACUACGUGCUGCUAGAUGGUAGUGCCUUAUGCUCGAGUGGAGGCGACGAACGGAGUGAUGUGGAGGAGCACGUCACGAGGACGAAGAGCAAGCUAGAUUACGCAUCGUUGCGCGUGCUCUCGCAAAAGCGGAUGGAGUCAAAGUGGGUACAAGCCGCAGUCGAUUUAUACCAGCGUCCAAGCAUGAACGAUGUUCUUUUCAAUUUGCAGGAUGAGAUCGGUAGUCAAAGACUGAUGUUUCGCGCGGAUCGCCCCGUGUACGCCGAUGUUGGUUUGCAAGAGGAGCUUAUCAGUUUACUGAAUAACUACCAUCCGGUGUGGCUCGGCUUGGGUUUGUAUGUCGUGCUUGGAAACCAAGUCAUGAGACAGGAAAGUUGCUCGUUGCGAAUGAUAUUCCGUGCUUAUCGUGCAGACUCAACGGUUUCAUCGAAGAAUGGCUUGGAAUCGAAUCAAAAGAUGCCUCAUGUCUUACGCCGGAUAAUCUUGAAACACUUGGUCAAAGACUCGCACGUUGCCGAGAAUUAUCGAUUGGUGCAAAAUUUGAUGGCACCUUUAGACGGCUCCGCUGCGGAUCGCCAUGACGGCGGCAAUGCGUUUAUCAACACGAGAAAGAACGUUAACGGUCGGGAAUACUUUGACUCGCUGACCCAGUCGUUUAUGCUCAAGUUUUUUAUGCUGGUGUUUUUUCUGGAUCGCGCGAUUGAGCAGAAGGGUCACAAGUUUGCGCAUUUUCCUUGUCUAUUCCGAAUUGCGCGUGUUACUAAAACGACCGUACCCUCUCGGACGAAGAGUGAUGAGAAUAACAAGCAACUAAACAACACCAACGGGGGUGAUGGAAAAGUGUGGGUGAAAAAUUCGCAGACGUUUUUGACAGAGUUUUGCCGACUCUUUUUGGCAAGCGAGGGUCGCGUUGAUAAGCAUUUGAAACGGCUGGGCUACACGUUGAAUCACGAGCAGACCGCGUUAGAUGAGAUCGAUCUGGAAGUCAGGAACUUAGAAACCGAUUUGCGCGACGGUAUCCGACUAGCAAAGCUAAUGGAAGCGCUUACGGCGCCUGUAUCUUCAUCUGCAGACCAGGGCGGGAAGAAUGUUCCCAAGCCGAGGGGCUUGUCAACGUUUUUGCGCGUACCGGCUUUGUCACGCUUGCAAAAGGUGCACAAUGUCGAGAUUUGCCUGCAUUUCUUACGAGACAAAUGUGGUGCGAGUGUACUGGAUAACCUUAGAAGUAGCAGCUGGGCAGAUAAAAAACGCAUGACUGCCGGACGUGUCCGUGUGUCUUCGUCCGGGUUCGCUGGCUUGCAGACCAAAGUUGAUGAGAAGAUGGUGGAAAAUCUUGCCAAAGAUAUCGUAAACGGACAUCGCGAGAAGACGUUGGCAUUGCUUCGGAAGCUAAUCAGCUCGUUCCAGCUGCGAGCCCUCGUGGAUGCCGAGACAAUGAGACGGGAGAUAUCGAAUGUUGUCAAGAGAAUGAGUUUCCGAGCGAAAGACUUCUUCGAUCAGCAGUGUAAGAACGUACCGCUUAUUUACGAUGAUGAACACGAGUGCUAUAGUUUAUUGCUGGAAUGGUGUCGUGCUGUGUGUGCGAACUAUGACGUUGGUGUGAACGAUUUUUCCGGAUCGUUUGCUGACGGUAAAGCGCUUUGCUACUUGCUACACUACUAUCAUCCGAUGCUUUUAUCAAGAUCCGACAUACUGCCGACGACAAAUGACUUACAUGAUGGAGAUACUUUUCAGGUGAGUGAAAGGGUCCUUCUGUCGAACGAACAACAGCACUUUGCUAUUGUCAACGAUCGCAUCAGGAUGCUCGGGGAGGUCCCAGUGCUCAUGCCUCAACAGUACAAUACAAAGAACCCGCCUGAGGAGAAGAUGACAGUAACAUUCGUUUGCUACUUGCAGUCGCGCCUGAUGGACUCGUACAACGAAAUUCAUGCUGCUUUCAGUUUGAAACGGUGGUGGAAGAGCCCAUUGAUUCGACUGCGAAUGCAUCGUAAGAAAAACUUGAAUGCACGCAUUAUCCAGCGGUUCUGGUACACUUCCAGUCAGAAACGAUUAGCAGUCCGUCAGUGCCGUAAACUCUUACGAGCAGCAUACCUCGUAAAGAGCGCAGUACUAUCGAGGGUGGUCAGGAGGCACUUCCUUCGACUCCGGAAGGCUGCGAUAAAAAUCCAGAUGCUCUUCCGUGCUCACCAACAGGUGCGCGUUCAUGGGAAUUUACUUCACGCCGCCCAAGCAAUCCAGCGGUUUUGGCGGAAUCAACUUCAAUGGAGACAUGAGAAGAGAAUGCAGAUUAUGCAGCGCAAGGUCACACAGCGUGAGCUCGUGAAGGCCAGCUGUGCCACUAUCGAGCGGAUGUGGCUGCAGUAUUUGUCCAGAGAGGGAGCUCGUCUUGUGCGACAACAAACGAUCGUUGACCGGCACGUAGCGGUUUCUCGCAUUCAAUUUGCUUAUCGGCAAAGCCGUUUGCGUGCAGCGGCACAGAUACGCCGUAUGCAGGCAUGGCGACAACACCAUCACGCAGCAUAUGUCAUUCAAACGGCAUGGGUUGCCUUCGUACGCCAUCGAGAAGAGAGCCAGAGGGUUCUUGCGCUGCAGCGUUUUGAACAGUUGAUGGAAGAGAAGAAAUGGCAGCAGCGGCAGAUCACACUGAGACGUAAAGUCGAGACACGUGCUGCCGUGUGCGUCCAGAAACGUUUCCGCCAGUUUGUGUUUCGGAAACGGGAAGCGGUCGCAACGAAGCUUGCAAGCACAUUUCGCGGUAUGAAGCAGAAAUGGCAAUUUCAAGCAAAAAAGCAUGCUGCAGUGGUGCUUCAGCACAACGUUCGCAUAUGGCGACGAAGGCGGCAGCUGUCAGCGCUGGUGCAGUUCUACAGCAUGCUGGAGACUUACCGGCAACUGAAAGUAAAUGAGGAGCAACGACGCAUUCUGCAGAUUCAGGAACUAAAGUCCAAGACAGAGUCGCGGGCAGUGCGCUGCAUCCAAUUUGCCUACCGCAUGUAUCGGUUUCAGAAACGAUUGUUUGCCGCAACAAGAAUUGAAAGUGUAGUGCGAGCGUGGUUAGCAAGCCAUCGGUACUCUCGUCUCCGUGCAAGUGCAUGCCUACUUCAGAAAAACGUCCGCAUAUGGCGCCGCCGAAAACAGGUCCAGGUGUUGCUGAGGUUUCAAGGCUUGCUCUUGCGAUACCGGCGCAUGCAGCGAGACGCAGAAGAACAGCAAGAACGUGUCCGUCGAAAGCGUCUUCAACGCAUACAGGAAACCGUGAAGCAUCGUGCAGCGUGUCGUAUCCAGUCGGCCUAUCGCUGGUAUACCUUUCACAAACGGGUGCUUGCAGCUAUUCUCAUUCAAGCAGUUUUCCGUGGGUUUAAAGAGAAGCAGCAAUAUGCCACCAUUCGUGUUAGUGUGGCGAUGAUGCAGCGCUCGGUCCGUCAUUGGAUGGCGGUGACGCGUUUUCGCCGAGCAUUGGGUCUACAUCGUGCAUCCGUGAGCAUUCAAAGGUGUGCUCGUGGGUGGAUUUCACGCCGUUGUCGCUUCAGCUUCUACACCUUGCAGACGCAGCUGAAGCGGCUGUGUGUGUUGAUGUCGUGUUGGCGGAUUGAGUACUGGUACGCGAACCGCAUGCUGAAGUACCGUAAAAAGCGCAUGCUGGUGGUGCGAUCUCACUGGACGCGAUUCCGAACCAGCAUUGUACAGAAGCGUGUAGCUGAUGCAAACAAAAUCGGAAAAUGCUGGCGAUCGUCUUGCUUUCGGAGUUUCAUCAAAGCUCGAAUUCAGGAAAGGCAGCAGAUGGUUGAUGCGGCUCAACGUAUUCAAAUAUGGUGGCUGGAACUCUGUUGCAAGUGGGUGCAGCGUUUGCGUUAUGAAGAGUUGCAGCAACAGCGCGAGAUGGAAGCGAUAGCACUAGCCAUGGCCAAAGUCCGUGCUGAGCGUAUCGUGGUGUCGUGGCUAUAUGAUAAGGUAAUAUUACCCAACCGCGAGCGUAAGUUCCAUCUCGACGCAGUGCAAAAGAUUCAAGCGUGGUGGCGUGGAAUGCUCGUACGCUUGCAUCACAGCACACUUGAGAUCACUUGGCAUCGCAAGAGACUUUCAGCUAUACAGCUAGUCGGAUCAGGGCCUCACGGCGGGGUCAUCACGUUGUCGAAGGGUCCUCAAGAAUUGGAGGUCAAGUCUUGUGGAGGAAGGAGUGUUCCGACAGAACAGCCACAGACGUUAGGCUCACGACUUGAUACGGCACUACACAUGCUACUUCACGGAAAGCGACUACAGGACAUGCUGUUUGCAAGCCACACCAUCGAAGUGUGCACACGGUAUUCGCGUGAAUGCUGCCACAAGUGCGUUCAACUACAAAUCUCGUCGACUAUUUUUGCAGCGAUUCGAGGUUUAAAUCGCAGCCGUCCGCACGUGGAGCUACUGCAUCAGCUACUGCUGGUCUUGAAAAACUUGACAGUGUAUCGGCGGUCAACUGACAAGGGCAAACCAGUGCGAGUGGUUGCUACUGAUGAGGAUAAGAACCGACUUGACGUAGAUCUGCGCGCUUUGGACACGCUGGUGGACUUGCUGCACAUUCAUCGGGACAUGCACCACGUUUUCGUGCUCUCAGCGGAAGUCAUCGCGUACUAUUUCAGGGCGCUGAAACCGCUCGUAGGAAAAAACACCGGAGUCCAAGAGAGUUGGCAUGAAGCUGAGAAGCGUCUGGGUGGUUUGCAGGAGCUGUUGUCAAGAAAGCUGGCGCUGUAUACCGCAACGGCCUCGUUUCGACGCGUGAACCAACUUCCUGAGAAGAAUAGUGCAAACAGUCUGAUGAGAAAAAUGAACCCGAAGACAGCUGUAUCAAUCAUGCAGCAGCUCGUCGUACUGCUAUAA